AUGGCCGCUGACUUACAGGCUCGACAUAAUGAAUAUUCUCAACAGCAAUUGGCAAAUCGAGGCACAAAAUGGCAUUUUCUACCACCUGGCGCACCUCAUCAAGGCGGUCUAUGGGAAGCUGCCGUUAAGUCAGCAAAGAAGCACUUACUACGCAUUGUUGACACCCAUUCCAUUUACUAUGAUCUGCUACAUACUCUACUUGUACAUAUCGAGGCUUGCUUAAAUUCACGUCCACUUAUACCAUUGCAUGACACUUGUGACGAUAAGAUGGCUCUAUCACCUGUAGAUUUCCUAAUUGGCAGAUCUUUAUUGACAGUGCCAGAUGAACCUAUUGGCAAGGUACCUAGCAACAAAUUAUCAUAUUGGCGACAAUUAAGGCAAAUGCAACAGCAUUUUUGGCGACAAUGGCAUGAUGAAUAUCUUUCAACUUUGCAACCACGUCCCAAAUGGCAUCAGAAUGGUGCCAACAUCAACAUAGGCGAUGUCGUGGUUAUCCGGCACGAGAAUCUACCAGCAACACAUUGA